AUGUGUCCCCUCCCCGUGUCCCCGUGGGCGCACGCGCGCGUGGGCGGGGCCGCGGCGCCGCUUCCGGCAGCGAUGGCGGCCACGGGGCUGGGACCCGGCGAUGUCGCCGCGGCCGCUCAGGCGCUGUCGCUGCCGGCCGAAGCCUUUGGGAACGAUCCCCGUGUGGAACUGGCCUGGGCCAUGAAGGCGCAUCAGCACGCCCAGGUCUACUUCAACCUCAUCUCCUCCGUCGACCCCAAAUUCCUGAACCUCACGAAAGUCGACGACCAAAUCUACAGCGAAUUCAGGAAAACCUUCCGGGAUCUUAAAAUCGACGUUCUCGACCCAGAAGAGCUGAAGUCGGAGCCCGCCAAGGAGAAAUGGCGCCCGUUCUGCCUCAAAUUCGAGGGGGUGGUGGAGGAUUUCAACUUCGGGACGCUGCUCCGCCUGGACUGCAGCGAGGACUACACGGAGGAGAACAGCAUCUUCGCCACCAGGAUCCAGUUUUUUGCCAUCGAGAUCGCUCGGAACAGGGAGGGCUGGAACAGCGUUGUCUACGGCCGGGCCAGGGAGCCGGCGGCUGCCGAGGGGUCGGGGUGAGGAUGGGAGAUAAACUCCCCUGCUGCUCCAUUUACACAUUGUAAAUACAUUUUUUUUUAAAAAUAAAGUCAGUCUACUGCA